AUGGAGACCAGGAUCAUCGGGGGUCAGGAGGCCUGGGCCCACUCGUGGCCCUGGCAGGUCUCCCUUCAGCUGUCAUCCAUGCCGGCCUGCGGGGGAGCCAUCAUCGGUCCGCAGUGGGUCAUCUCUGCUGCCCACUGCUUCAAAAGGUACAACAAGGAAUCUCUGUGGAAAGUUUUGGCAGGACGGCACGACCUGGAUAAGCCUCAGGAGCCCGAGGAGCAGCUGGUCAAGGUCUCCCGGAUCAUCAGCCAUAACGGAUACGAUCUGAAGACCAAGGAGCGCGACGUGGCUCUGCUGAAGCUUGAGCGUCCUUUGGUUUUCAACGAGUUCGUCAGACCCAUCGACGUCUGGAUGAGUCCACUGCCCGACCUGCUGAAGUGCACCAUCACCGGCUGGGGUUCCACCCGAGAGAACGGCCCUCGGGUUAACAGACUGCAGGAGGUGAAUGUGACCAUCCUGUCGUUGGAUGCCUGUAACGAGUACUACAAAGACAAGAUCAGACAGUCCAUGUUCUGCGCCGGGAAGGAAGAAGGAGGCGUCGAUGCCUGUCAGGGGGACUCGGGAGGUCCGCUGUCGUGCUUUACCGGCACCAGACAUGAGCUGGCGGGUCUGGUGAGUUGGGGAGUUGGAUGUGGUCGAGCCAAAAAACCAGGAGUUUACACCAAAGUCCAGGAGCACGUUUGGUGGAUCUCUGAGAUGAUGAAUAGCAACGUUGGAUUAGAAGAGGAUUUCGCAGAGGAAGGUCUGGCUGGGAUCUCUGUGUCCCAGGGUAGGGGGAUCCAGGUGGACAAUGUGACAGAGUCCUGUCCUUUCUCCUGGCCAUGGAUGGUCAGUCUUCAGUCCAACAGGAAGCACUACUGCAGCGGUGUCCUGAUCCACCACCGCUGGGUUGUCACUGCCAAACACUGCAGUGUCAGUGCUAAGGAAGAUGUGGCUAUCCUUGGACUCCAUGACAUGAAUGAGAAGUCGACGCAAACCAUCCUGGUGGAGGACGUGAUCAGCCCGAUGCACGACGCCAGCUUCCCCCCUCAGUCAGACCUGUCUCUGCUCCGCCUCAGUGUCUCUGCUAAACUGGAGAACAUGAACCCCUCCAAGCUGCACCAGGCUGAACUGGCCCUUGUCAAUGAAACUGACUGCCACCAGAAGUGGGGGGACUUCUUUACCGACGCUCACAUCUGUGCACACCCCGCGGGCUCCGCUUCCUGCAUGGGCGACUCCGGGGCUCCUCUGUUCUGUCAGAGGCGGGACACCUACUUCCUGUUUGGCGUAGUGACAUGGGGCAGCUGGCGGUGCAACGCCGACAAGCCAUCGGUCUUCACCAGAGUCCCCGAGUACAACUCUUGGAUCAAAGACGAGACUGAUGACCAGUAAAUGCCUGAAGGCUGAAAUCUGGACCGGGUUUACGGCCCUCAGUUCUCAAACUGUUUUUUUUAAAGAAUAAAGUUU